GGAGAACCUCACUUACUCGACCGAAGCACAUCGACAACCACCCCAUCGACCUCCGCUCACCGGGACUUUCACAAUGAAGUUCAUGAAAGUGGGCCGUGUGGCCAUCAUCACCCGUGGCCGUUACGCCGGUAAGAAGGUCGUCAUUGUCCAGCCUAACGACACUGGCUCCAAGGCGCACCCCUUCCCCUACGCCAUCGUCGCCGGUAUCGAGCGCUACCCCCUCAAGGUCACCCGCCGCAUGGGUAAGAAGACCGUCGAGAAGCGCAGCCGCAUCAAGCCCUUCAUCAAGGUCGUCAACUACAACCACUUGAUGCCCACUCGCUACACUCUCGAGCUCGAGGGUCUCAAGGGUGCCGUCUCCACCGAGACCUUCAAGGAGGUUUCCACCCGCGAGGAUGCCAAGAAGAACGUCAAGAAGGCCCUUGAGGACCGCUACACCAGCGGCAAGAACCGUUGGUUCUUCACUCCUCUGCGUUUCUAAACGGGGUAAUUUGGGGCGUUUUGUCGUUUGAGCGCGCAGGGUCUUAGAUGAGGCAAAGGGAAAAUGAAAAAGCAUCGAAGACGUCCGGUUCAAAAGCAUGGGAUCACGUGAAGUAUACCAUAGCACGAGAGAAGAAUGGGAAUGUAUCGAUGUACAGGUCCAGGACUUGACCAAUUUUUCUUAUCAUGAGGGAGGCCACUCAGAUCUGGCGUCCGUCUCGAAAUGAAAUGGAAAAUAUGAACAAAUUCAACUUUUUUUUUGUGUUUCGGAAUUCUCGGCUUCCCAGGGGUUUCUUCCUCUUUCCAACAACGCAUGGCACAACCUAGCGCAGACAAAAGAACGCAUCCGUACUACAGCAGCCGGUCAGGUCGGAAAAGAUUACCAAGUCCGAAGUCACCACGAUUCGCUCGAUCAUUCCAACCAGAAGCAUACUUAUCAUCUUGGAACGAAAGAAUGCCAUCGAAUCAUCCGACAUCACAGGCCCUUCCAAGUUCC